UCAAGUGAUUACAAGAUAUCAUAUCACAUUAAAUGAUUAAUUGAAUCAUAACUAAAAACUUAACUUUGGAUUUGUAUGGUGAUUUUCUAAUUAGAAACUCAAUAUUGUUGAUUUGUUGCAAUGUUUAGUUCUUUUUAACAAAUUUUUCUUUUUUUAAAAAAAAAAUCAAAAUCCUCAAAAUUUCAAUCCUCGUCUUCCCCGUCUCUUCCACUCUGCAACUCAAAAUUUUCGGAUAAUGCCCGAAAUCCUCAUCGGUCCGUCGUUUGGUUCGCUUCAUUCUUCCACCUAUGUUUCCAGUUUUCCGAUCAUCGCCGUUGCCGUCGUCGUAUUCUGCGCCACCGCAAUUUUCCUCGUCGGCUAUUAUAUCUUCGCCAUCAGAGGCUGUUUCAACUGGCACCCAAUUGAAAUCCUCCACCAGUUUUCCCUCUCCGACAGCCGUGAAGACACCGUAAUACUGCAGGAGCCGGUGGAGCCACAUGGGUUGGACCCAUUAACCAUCCAAUCAAUCCCACUGAUUCGUUACAAAAAACCCACCAACGAAUCAACCGCCGGCAGCGAAUGCGCCGUUUGCCUGAUGGAAUUUCAGCCGGAGGAGGAAUUGAGAAAGAUUCCGAUCUGCAGCCAUCUCUUUCACGUUGAUUGCAUCGACAUUUGGUUUCAGAACAAUUCUAACUGCCCACUUUGCAGAGCCACAAUCUCCGCCAAAAAUUGGCUGAUUCCGGCAGAUCAACCCCCUUCCCCUCAAGAUUCCGCCCCCAAUUUCAUCCCCAUCGCCGCCGCCAUUGAGGAAUUCCCUGUAAUUGAGGUUGUUCGGAAUCCCAACCGCAGCCGCCCUCAUUCGUCGAUCUUCAGGGAGGCGUCGAAAUCAGGGAGGAAGCUAACGAAGGUAACGAGUAUGGGGGAUGAGUGCAUUGACAUGAGGAAGAAAGAUGAGGAGUUUUUUCUAAUGCAGCCGAUUAGAAGGUCGUUUUCGAUGGAUUCUUCCAGCAACCGGAAGAUGUUUGUGGUGGUGCAGGCGGCGGUGCGGCAGAAUUGCGGCGGUGAGAAUGAGAUUGAAGGUUGCAGUAACAGAAUUCGAAGAUCUUUCUUCUCGUUUGGAAAGGGCAAAGGAUCUAGAAAUGCAAUUUUGCCCAUUCAGAUUCAACCUUAAAAUGCUCUGUUUUUAUGUUUUUUUUUUUUUGUUUUGUU